GCAAAUUAAAUACAAACUACAGGGUAACUAUCAUCCGCAUGUAUCUGUUACAUAAAAAAAAUUAUCGAAACUUAAGUGUCCUGCUUUGGAAUAGACUUUCCUGAUCCUGGCGACCGUUUUAUUCAGAAAGGAAUCCAUGAUAUGAAUAAUGGUAAUUUGACAAACGCAUUGGAUCAGUUCGAAAAAGCAUCAGUUUACAACAACGAAUACGGUUUGGUUUUUGCUGCAAUAUUUAACCUUAUGGGAUUUGGUUUGGCCAAAUCUGACGCACGAAAAGCCAUUGGUUAUUUUAACAGGGCUGCAUCAGAAUAUGAAAACAAUGUGGCACAAUAUAUGAUGGGUAUGAUUUAUUCUGAAGGAGAAGAAGGCGCUGAAAAAAAUUUCAAACUUACUUCGACUUGGCUCAAAAAGGCUGCAAAUAAUGGGUGGACGAACAGUGCAUUGCAACUUGCCCAUUCACAUCGCACAGGAAUGUAUGGAAAGAAAGAUCGUAAUAAGGCCCUUUCUUUUUAUGAAAAAGUCGUCAGAGAUGAUAACACUACAAGUAGACAAAUCGCUGAUGAAACACCUUGUUUGUUUGGAAAUUUGAAUUUUGAAGUGGAUCUAAGCCAAAUACCUUUUAAGCUUAUGGAAAGCUUAAAAAAAGCUACAGCCAUUGGCCCAAUUUCUCCAGUUUUAUUUUCUAAAGAAAUGCAACAUGUUUCUGAUCAAGAGAAAAAACUCUUUCAACAGCUCGUGUUUUGGGAUACAAUGAUCAUUGGAAAGAAAAGACAGUACUCAUUUGCCUAUUAUGGUAUCGCGGCAUUGCAUCUAGGAUCGGAUAAUACAAAUCCGGCGUUUAGCCCAGAAAAGGGAGUAUAUUGGUUAGAGAAGUCUGCAGAAAAAGGCAAUUAUAUCGCCUGUGCUACUCUUGGAAAUAUUUAUGAGCAAGGAAUGGUCGAAAGAAAAAGUUAUACCAAAGCAAUUGAAUGGUACCUUAAAGCAUUAGAAUUAGGUGGAGGUAUAGACUUGCUAUUAAAUAUUGCAGACAUAUGUUGUAAUAGAUAUGAUAUGGAAUAUGAUUACCAGCUUGCUUUAACAUGUUUUUUGACCUACAAUGAAAGCAUGAAAGAAAGUAAUAUAGAUUUUAACAUAGCAUUACUAUAUGAGAUAGGAGGACAUGGGCUUAUACAAGAUAAAUCGAAGGCAAAGUCCAUUUACACGAAGUUAGCUCUCAGCGGACAUCCUGAAGCCACUGAAAAGCUACAAACUUUGAAUAAAGAAGAAAACCAAUCUCAGAGAUGGACAAUAUUUAAGUCAUAAGCGAAUCGCACAGUUCCCAUGCAGUGAUAAAAACCAACUAUAAAUAAAUGCAGCGACCGAUGACGAUUGACUUUAAAUUUUGAGUGUACAGUUUGUAUAAAAGAUGCUUCCUAAAAUAAUGUUCCAUCGUUCAAUACUUUCAACUGACACUAAUAAAAAAAUAUAUCAAUGACUUGCAUGAGGUCAAGUUGAUAUCUUGUUUACUAUUUUAAUAGUGGAAAAA